UUCGAUCCGCAAACGACUACCGUUGACCCACUUUGCCACCGGCUCAGCAUCACAUUCCCGUGGCUUUUGUGCGUUGUCAGAAAAUGAAGGCUUUAAAAAAUUCAGCAAAAUUUGCUUCCCCUUUCCCUUCCCCACACUAAAACGGAAGGCAACGGGUUAUUCCGUUGUCGUCCUUGUGGAGAUUUGGGGGGAGGGGAGCGACAUCGUCAUGCAAAAAAUAAAAAAAAAACAGCAAAAAAGCGCGUCCGGGAGAUGAGGUACAUAUCACACAAAGAAGAGAAAUGCAAACAUAUGAUUUAAAUGCUGAAUGAAAAUAAGGUAGAAAAAACCACAUGCAGAUCACCUGAACUGGAGGGAUGAUGAAGAACAAAAGAAACAAAACAAAAAAAAAGCAAAAAAGAAAGACGUUCGGGCUGGCGUCGUCAAAGAAGUUCGGAGGUAACCUUCACGGUCGUAAAUGCGAUUUUGCGCACCCGAAGGAAGAGCGCAAUCGGCGAAAGGUGGUGGGUGAUAAGCGAAGACGACGACGACGACGACGCUCGACGAGGCUCGAUCGAUCACACAUCGCGUGGCCGGAGGUGCGUGGUGGGGAUAGCUGCCCCGAUCGUGAUGCAAAUUUUGUAUGUGCCUUUUCUUGUCUGUUUCGCGCACGGAACCACAGCACAAACAUGUGUACGAAGCGCGCAGCCUGUUCGUUUCUUGUGGGACUUUCGAAAAAAAAAACAAGGAAGGGAGAUAGAGAGAAAAAGCGCACAGGGAAACCACACGCACGGUGGGAACGAAACGUCCGGUGCGGGUGGCCAACAGAUUCCGAGCCGUGCUAGUUCAUAGGUUUAUGGUUCACAUUUCUCCUGCAAUCGGGCAGAAAAAUUGGUCCACCUGGGUUAUAAACCCUCUCUUGCCGGUGCGCGCGUGGAAAUCAGGUCAUCAGGUGGCACAAAGCAGGCAAAGCAGGUUAGGAACUUCUUGCUCAGCGGGCGCAAAAGCAGAAGCUCACACUAGUGUAAUCUGAUCGGUCGCACGAUUGCCGUAAAGCUUUACGUUGCGCGCAGAGAUCUUUGCCACUCAAAGUUGAAGAUUGACCUUCAGCGAUCAUGCGAUCUGUCUGGUGGAGCGAUUGGGCGUGAUAAGCGUUUUUCAAAUAUUUUAAAACAUUUGCAACAUUGUACGGCAAUCCGUCUGGUCUGGAAUUGUAAUCUGAUUGCGGAAUUUAAUCUAUUCAUUCUAAAUCACGAGCCUAGACCUACAACAGACAUGAUGAUGAUCAGCAUUCUUGAUUGGAGCGAAAAUAAUCAAUCAAUACUAGAGAAUUUCUCCAAAAAGAUAACCUUACAUUGACCUCUUAACGGACAUCUCGCUUUUGUCCAUCUUGAAACACCUUCCCAAACCCACUGUGCGCCUUGGGACUCUCCCCCGCCCCACGGGGACAGUGUCUGAAGACGGUGCGAAAAAUUAUGUCCCCACCGUUUCUGCACCACCCGAGCCCAAGGCCCCACCAGGGUGGAGUUGUUUGCUGUUGACAUGAGCGUUGAUCGGCUUCAAUUCACUCCUCCCCUUUUGGGGCGUUCUUCAGUCCCCUUGUGCCACUCCUGCGGUGACUUCUCCUUUUGUUGCGUUUCAACACCCCCCCCCCCCCCCCGCUGCGAAUGCGAAACGGAUGUAGAAAGUCCCACCGUAACGCGUCAUUGCAGGCACCCAAAAAGCAGUGUGUGAGGAGUUUUAAAAUAACAGCACACACAGACACACGGGGGCUGAGGAGGAGUCCUCCCCACUCCAUGGCUGGACGUUGAAGAGCACCGAUCCGCUGCAGCCCGAGCAAUUUGGUUUGGGUACGGAAUGGCUCUCUUUCGCAUGGUUUGACCGUGGCAGACACAUUGUGUAAACGACCGCAGAAGCGUGCGGAUCGCGAUCGAUACCUCGUCCCAGCGCGCGUGUGUGUGUAUGUAAAGUGACCACACAAAACGUGCCACCGUGACGAUCAAAAAGGGAUAGAUCAGUUCCCAUCCCUUCAUCAUCCCGCGGCGGUUUGUUUGUUCCGGCCUACGGUUUGGUGUCAUGCCGGCGUACCGCGAUCGCGAUCGGCCUGUGUCUGUUAGAUAAUGCCAUUUACCCGCCGGGCGCCGAUCGGAUCGGAGUAGAGGUGGUUGAAGUUCGGUUGAAAGUGAAAUUAAUAAACAACAGAACAGCUAUUGAAAGCGGAAACCGCAAAACGUGACGCAACUUACGCACGCGACGUGCUGGUGAGUGAGUGAUCGCGGCAACAAGAAGGUAACGUUCGCACUUCGGAGUUUGUGUGUGGUGAUCGUGUGUGCGUGUGGUCGAUCUGCAACGAAAGAUUUGAAAAACAAAGAAGAAAAGACCACCGGUUGAGUGUUUGUCACUGUUUGCGUGCAUUUCGUGCGAAAAAUCAUUCACCCCGGGAGUGGCGGGAUGCGCCGGUACACGUAUCUGCUGUCGGCGGUGGUGCUGCUGGUCGUCGGGCUGGCCGUUGCCGCCAGCGGCAUCUAUGUCGUCGAGAGCGGGGGCAAGAAAUCGUUCCUGCAGCUCGGCGCCCACCACUGGACGGACGGGGCGGACGACGAUGGGCUGUGGUCGAGCCUGCUGGAGGAGUACACCGUCGGCCUGAACCAGAGUGGCACCACCAGCGCACCGAGGGAAAGUCGCGUAAUGCAGGCGACCGUCGUAGCAGCGGCAGGACCGGCGCCAAAGUACAUACCCACCUCCAGCUUUUACAUCAACAAGCGCAUCGGCGAGGCGCUCGAGCUCGACCCGCAGCACCACGCCGCCCACUCGCCGCACCGGCCCCGACCGCCGGUAGGGAAAGUGAUCGCCAGCACUGGGGCCGGCGGCCUGUACGGCGACAACCAGCUGGCGGCCGGUGCCGGCCACGGUGCAACGUUUACGCCGAUGCGCCAAACGUUCGGUGGCGCCAGCCCGACCGAGCUGCUGGCCUCGCCGCGGGAGGUGUCCGAGACGGACCUGUACCUGCUCGGUGCGAUCGAGAAGCUGGUGUACCGGGUGGACUACAUGGAGAACCGUUUGCGGCGGGCCGAACAGAUCAUCUACUUCCUGAUGGCGGGCAACAGCCAGAAGCAGGAACCGUGUCCGCAGAACUUUACGCAGGUGCACGAUCGCUGCUAUCACUUCGAUAUCGAGCGUGGGCUGAACUGGAAGUCGGCCAGCACGAUGUGCAAAUCGUACGGGGCGCAUCUGGCAGAGUUUGAAACGGUGGCCGAGUUCCAGGAUGUGGUUGCGUACAUACUGAACAAUCCGGUCAAUCGCGGCAAGGACUUUUGGCUCGGUGGACUCAACCCGGGCCUGCUGUGGAUUUGGGCCAACUCGGCCAAACCGGUUAAUCCGAACACGAACCUUAGCUCGAUUACGAGCUCCAGCUCCAACAAACCGGGCUCGAAGGGAACGGCCUCCACCAAGCCGACCAAUCUGGCCAACAACGGUACGGAGCUCCCGUCCGGAGGCACCAAGAUUGUGAACAAUCCGUCGGCGAGCAAGCUGCCGACGCUGGAGAUUACUGGCAGUGGACGGUGCCUGCGGUUGAGCUACAACUCCGCACUGUACACGUACGGGUAUCGUGGGGAGGACUGCUCGGCACAGUUUAGCUACGUGUGCGAACUGAAGGACAAGUCGUUGGACAAUGAAAUCUCCCGGAUAGCGAAGCAGCUCAAGCUAGCGGAUGAUGUUUCGUAGGGCUAUAAGGGUGAGAGAGCUGCGAUGUGGGAGGGUCGUUAUUUAUUGAAGCCAGCAGGAACGUUAUUUUUAUUACAUUGUGAUGAAGAUUAUGGUGGGGAAGAUGAGCGUUUUUGUUACUUAUUUAAUGAAUUUAAGGUACCAUAGUAAGUGAUAUAGAAGUAAAUAAAGUCCCUAUUUAUAAACUGAAUGUAUCUUUUUCUGCAUGCAUUGAUAAUUUUAAGUUCAAAAGAUAGUAAAUAAGAUCAGAGUAGAUCAACUGAUAGUAAGACAAUCUAAAGGCUAAGUGUUUCUUGCCUGUUUUAGAUGAAGUCACCGGGAUUAGUAAAGAACUGAGGCAGAACCUGAUCUGCCAGCCGUGUUUGACAGGGAUCUUCGCUGAUCAAGUUGUGGAGGAGUCGUUGAAGUUAGCAUUGCCAGCGUUAUUUGAGGAGUUACUUGGUAUCUAUGUAUCCAAUGUUCCAAUGUAUCCAAUGGAAACAGUUAAUAGUGAGUAGCUAUUUGAAAAUAAGUUAUUUGAGGCUAAUUCUGAACUAUUUUGUGUUGUUUAUACUAUAGAAUGAACACUUGGAACCCCUGUUUGUAAACCUUUUUAAAUGCGCAUUAUAUGGACCAUCAUGGGGCGGUCCCGUGGUACAGUCGUCAACUCGAACAACUCAAUAACACGGGCACGUCGUGAGUUCAAACCUGAAAUGGACCGUCCCUCAGUUGCAAGGAUUUUGAUUAUAUCUGGUUGCUGCGUGGUAAUGAAAGAAGUCUCGAAAGCCUGUAUAGGCCGGGGGGGGGGGGGGGGGGCAUGUCCGCGUAGGACGGUUACGCCAAAUAGAAGAAGAAGAAAGAAAUAGACCAUGAUAGGGGAAAGUAGCGAGAAGUGAUCCUCCAUUAACAUUAGGCGAUCGCGCGAUACUGUGCAAUGUUCUCUAUUCGCGGUACAUAGAUGGAAAGAAAGCAAUAUUUGUCACGUGAAAUCGAUCGAAAGGGUGUUAGACAGCUUCGUUUACGAGCUUCCGAGUUUCCAGACAUCAAUGGGUAUUGCAAAAUGCUAAAGAUUUUUGCUCAUUACUUUAAAUGUUCAAUUGAUGAAGACUUUGGUCAUGUGUAUCGUUAGGUGCGCCUUCUCUGCACAGACGCGCAGUGUAUCACUUGAGCUGAUCAGGAUCACUUUUCAGACCUUUGGCUCCAAUUCGGCAAUGUUGAGAAGAGCUAAGCUGGAGUACAUUUUUGUUAAUGCCCACAGACACGAUAUAUAAACGAAGGUUCCUUCGGGUGUUUUUUUUUCAGAUUAAACAGAGUACAGGACACAUCAUAACUCACCUGCAAAGAAGUCGACGCUGGGGAUCUUUCGAGGAUCUUCUACACACAAAAAACUGGCCCAAAUUCAGCGAGAUUUUCGGAUGUGAUUUGCUCGAAAAACACCAAACACCACAAUUACAACUGUUUCCACUAUAUGUGUGUGUGUGUACGUGUUGUUUAGCUUGUUCGUAUAUUGUUUUAGGCACAUCCAUCAUAUGAAUAUAAGUGUGUUGUGUAGUGUUUUCGUUUGGCUGCAUCCUGCUGCUGCAGUGCUGCACCCUGCAAUUUGUUCGUAUAACUUCACUGACUUACGCAGCAUUUUACGGCGCGCAAUAGUUUUAUCUUUCCGUUGAUUUCUUUUCGUCGACUGUGUCUGUUUUCUUCACCUAAUCCUCCAUGAGAACGAUUUUGAAUCGUUCUUCCUCUCUCACAAAUGCGCUACUCUUCCGCUGAUGGAGGGCAAGCUAUCUAACGCUGCUUCGGCUGCUAAUCCAAUGUGAACGGAUGCUAAAUCUACAUGUCUACAUGCUUAGCACUGUAUGCUUGUGUGUGUAUUUUUAAACUCACUGUGUUCGAUUGUUUGAUGGCUUGAUUUUUUCUUCUUCUGCGAGGAGCGACGGGGGUACAUUGCAAACAGUGACACAUUUACCCGUCCCACCACAACUCCUUAACCAACACGCGUACGAAUUGGCAUUUUUAAAAUACCGAAAAUUCAGCGGUACCUACACUUAAUCAACAUUGUUGAGGGUUUUGGGGGGUUUAAAGUAAAAGACCUUUUCUUUUGCUGCUGCAAGGCCGGCUAAAAAAGAGUAACAAACAAACAAACGUUUAAUAACUACGCAAUAACAUAUAGCGUACAAACACACGCUUCCUUUGUACGGAUAAGGGAUAAUGAUUGUGAUCAUCAUCCGUACUAGAUUAUCUCGAUCUCGGUUUGAAAAUGUUACACCACCACGAUCGGUUUUCUCGGUCGAUCGCGAAUGUUUGCCCUUCCUUAGAACAAGCACGUGCACCACGUGUACGAGCAUCGUUUUCUUAGUCUUAGCACAACAUCAUACACAUGCUUCCCAUUCAUUUGUAUAUAUAUACACACACACACACACUCUCUACCAACGUAUCAAAUUCACUUUCCUUUAGAAUAACAAAAACAAAACAAAACAAACAUAAACCUAAUCAAGUGGGAGGUUUUGAAAGGGAGGCAGAUUAGAAUUUUUGCAACAACUCAACACUUAACAAUUAAUUUGCACUUUCUGUGUUUUUUUUUUCUUUUAUGCGCGCGCCCACGUGUGUACAGGGAGACGGCAACAACGAAAAGGGAAAGGGGCGCAAAGAGGGUAAGGGGACUAAGGAGGAGUCCUGCUGAUCCUGGUACACACGCGUUCAAUGUAAAUCUAACAACCUAAGGACUAAGACGGUAGAGUUAUAUAGUAGUUGUAGUUGUAGUUUUAGUUGUAGUAGUAGUAUUAGUAUUAGUAGCAACAGUUUCGUUGUUCUCCGGACUGACGGCACCGGAGAAAGGCAACGCCAACCUGUUUGUUUUUGCACAUUCAUUUCAUUUUACUGUUUUGUUUCCGUGUGUGGCCGGGUUUGGCGCGACUUUCUCCCGCACUAAAGAUAUAUACUACUUUUACACACACAACUCACACGCACACACCACCGAUUUUGGUAAAGAGUAAUGCAGCAGUUCGUGCAUGGGGAUGACGACACGUGUGCGAUUGUGUACUCGGUAAAACCGAUUUUCGAUCCUUUUCACUUGUACCUUUUCGACUUCGUUCUACAGACACGGACCAACUUUUGGGCUGCCGCUUCGAUACUAGGCAACAGUGCGCGUAUGGUUUCUGGCUUUUCUGGUGGGAUUUUGUUAGCUCCUUUGCUUGAUCGUCGUGUGCUGGGGUGGUAUGGUAUACCUGUUCCACUUCGCUCUCUACCUGAUCGCUACUACAGCAUUACGGUGCCAACGCCAUUCAACAGCAACAUUCGCGUACAGGCGUACAAAAGGAAAGCUCCGUCUCGUUUGUUUUCUUGUUUGUUUGUAAGAUCCCUAAAUUUGCUACAAUACCGUUUCGGUUAAUUUUGUAUUUGUCCUAAAAGAGUUUCGUAAUAUAAUUUGUUUUUUUAGCACUUGAUUUUUUAAUUGGUUGGUUCUACUACUACUUUCGUAACAUUUUGCACUCUCUCUCUCUCUCUCUGUCUCUUUCUUUUUCGCUAAUUCGUUAAUUUGUUGUAUUUUCCUAUUCUUUUUGUAAAUAAUUUUGGUCCGAAAUGUAAACCUUUGUGUGUUACACACGCGAUGGGUGUUUUGUUUUUUGUUUUCGUUUUGUCUUUUGAUUACGUUCAAUUUUGUGCAUGUUUUCACAGUUUCCCCAUUCAGCCGUUCUAAAUAUCGCCAAAAGCUCAAUGUGUGUGUGUUUUUGUAAUUAUAUUACUAUGUUACUACCAACAUCGUUGUUAAAAUAUUACGCUUUAUCACACCACGUGCACGCACGCCGCCCCAGCAAUUGACGUCGAGAUUGGGUGCGUUCGCUCAACGAAACUAUAAAUUAGGAAAGGAGGGGGGGGGGGGGGGGGUAAGAGAA